AUGGCAACUCCGGUAUAUGGUUUUGCUUCCUCAAAUAAUGCUUCUCUUCGCCUUCCAUCAUUCCCCAAGUUUCACUUCGACCUCUAUCCCAAUUCUAGCUUUUCUCGAAAUUCCAUGAAUGUAGCUUGUAGAAUGCAUUUCCAUGCGGUAUCGGCCCAUAAUAGACCCAAUUGUCAAUUUUCUCCAAUUGCUAUACGUACGGAUCGUAAUUGCGAAGGUGUUAAUGUCCCAAUCCCUCGUAGUUUUGCUUUGUUUGAUCAUAGUGCCCAGGUUGUUAAAUUAAAUGAUUGUCGAGUUGAUAAUUUGUUUGGAAAGAAGUUGACUAAGUUUUAUGUCAAGGAUGUUAAGUGCGUGGACAGUGACAGUAAGGUGUUCGAUGAAAUUCCUGAGAGAACGCUGCCAGCCUAUGCAGCUUUGAUUAGAGCGUAUUGUCGAUCAGAGAAGUGGAAUGAGCUCUUUGCGGCAUUCAGAUCGAUGGUUGAUGAGGGUAUACUACCCGAUAAAUACUUAGUGCCCACGAUUCUUAAAGCAUGUUCCAGAAGACAAAUGGUGAAGACUGGUAAAAUGGCUCAUGGGUAUGCCAUUAGGAAGAGGAUGGUCUCUGAUAUUGUUAUUGAGAAUGCUCUUAUGGAUUUCUAUGGCAAUUGUGGGGAUUUGAGUUCUUCGAUCAAUGUUUUUGAUUCGAUGAGUGAAAAAGAUGUGGUUUCGUGGACCGCGCUUGUCUCUGCCUACAUUGAAGAAGGUCUUUUGAAUGAGGCGAUGGAAGUAUUUCACUCCAUGCAGUCUAGUGGGUUGAAGCCUGAUUUGAUAUCUUGGAAUGCACUGGUCUCAGGGUUUGCUCGAUAUGGAGAGACUAAUACUGCGCUCACAUACUUGGAAGCCAUGCAAGAAGAAGGAUUGAGACCAAGGGUUAAUUCAUGGAACGGAGUCAUAUCAGGCUGUGUUCAAAAUGGAUAUUUCAAAGAUGCUUUGGAUGUAUUUAUUAAUAUGCUGUUGUUUCCUGAGAAUCCAAAUUCUGUUACUGUUGCGAGUAUAUUACCAGCUUGUGCAGGGUUGAGAGAUCUAGGUUUAGGCAGGGCUGUUCAUGCAUAUGCUCUUAAGUGCGAGCUGUGUACAAACAUUUACGUCGAAGGAUCAUUAGUUGAUAUGUAUUCAAAAUGCGGACAAGAUGAUCGUGCUGAAGAAAUUUUUGCCAAAGCAGAGAAGAAAAACAUUACAUUGUGGAAUGAAAUUAUUGCAACUUACAUGAACCAGGGAAAGAAUAGCUGGGCGUUAGAACAUUUUAGAUCAAUGCAGCAUCAUGGACUAAAACCUGAUGUUGUAACCUACAACACACUGCUAGCUGGAUAUGCAAAAAAUGGGCAGAAAGUUGAAGCAUAUGAGUUGCUAUCUGAUAUGUUACAAGAAAAUUUGGUGCCAAAUGUUAUAUCUUUAAAUGUUUUAGUGUCUGGAUUUCAACAAUCUGGGUUAAAUUAUGAAGCUCUAGAAUUAUGCCAGACCAUGCUAUGCACGGGCUCCCUUCUUAACAAGACGAUUGCUUUUCCGGUCAUACCAAAUACCGUCACUCUAACUGCUGCUCUGGCAGCUUGUGCUAGCUUGAAUUUGUUGCACAAAGGGAAGGAAAUCCAUGGAUAUAUGUUGAGGAAUUAUUUUGUAAACAACUACUUCAUUUCAAGUGCUCUAAUUAACAUGUACGCAAAGUGUGGGGAUAUUGAUUCGGCAAUUCAAGUAUUUAGCAGAAUAAAGAACCGGAAUGUAGUUUGUUGGAAUGCUUUGAUUGCAGGUCUUUUGAGAACAAUGCAGCACAAAAUGGCAGUUGAACUAUUCUGUCAAAUGCUAGUAGAAGGCAUAAAACCAAGUUCAGCCACUUUUUCAAUACUUCUCCCUGCCUUAUCUGAAAGGGCAGAUUUGAAAGUGAGAAGACAGCUGCAUUCCUAUAUCAUCAAAAGUCAGCACCUUGAAUCACGCAACGACCUUGCAAAUGUCUUAAGUUCAGACAAUGUUGAUGUUGGAGUUUUGCUCCAUGGAAUAUAA